AUGUCAUCUAUUGCUGAAAGAGGUGCUGCUAACUUGAAAACCAUGUACGCUCGUAUGGGUAAAUCAAUCGAGGCCAAUGAGAAGCUUGUUAGUUCAAUGGCUUCCAAAGUAUCAUUAUGUCACACAGAUAUUACCAAACUUAAAGUGGAUGCAAUUGUAAAUGCUGCAAACGAAACAUUACUUGGAGGAGGAGGAGUUGAUGGCGCAAUUCACAGAGCAGCCGGACCCCGCCUUGUGGAAGAAUGCUCUACGCUGGGUGGCUGUAGAGAAGGAGAGGCAAAGAUUACUGCCGGUUACAAUUUACCUUCUAAACAUGUGAUCCACACAGUCGGUCCUCAGUCAGAAAAACCAGAUGUUCUGGCAAACUGUUAUUUGAAUAGUUUGAAACUCUUGGAGCAAAACAAUCUUCGGUCGAUCGCAUUUCCUUGUAUCGCGACUGGGGUUUAUGGCUAUGACAACGAAAAGGCAGCAAAUGUAGCUCUGUGGACUACUCGAAAGUUUAUCCAAGACAGAAUGACGGCAGGCAAAGAUCCAGUGGACAAGAUCAUAUUUGACCUCUUUAACCAAAAAGACAUUGCGAUUUACAAAGAUCUUUUGCCAGUCUAUUUUCCGGCUGCUUCUACUACCAUUGAAAAUUCAUAA